GAAACCUUUUUCGACAGUGAAACCUUAGCCGCAAGUGGUCAGACGAUUUCUCUGCUUCUUUUAUGGCGGCUGGAGCUUUGGGGAAUUGCAGAUCUGGGCGCAGCGUGGAACGAAGAAGAACAGAUGCGAACUUCUGUGAUGCGCAGCGGAGAACGGCGAAAAGAACAGGAGAGGCAUACGAGAAAAAAAUUAGGAACAUCAAGAAAGUUCUUCCCGCAGACGGGGACAAAGAUUUUUCCUCAGGUUUAUCUGAUUCACAGGAAUCACCUCCCAUCGACACGUUAAGAAGAACAUGGCGCGUUGCCCUGCCACGCGUCGCCAAGUUCCACGCACUCAGCAAUGUUCCGUUGGCGCUUUUCCGGGAAAACCGGGCCAAACCCUCUCCUCGCAUCCUCCUCUGCAGAGAUCUGCAGCCCUCCGUCUUCUUCAAUGCACUCAUCAGCGCUCCAACAAAAUUCGAUCGGACAAGAAUGGGUGUCCUAGAACACGUUGCAAACGUUGUAAAUAGCAGCAGCAGCCACGAGCAGGUGGUGCCGAUUACCGUGUUCGUUGCUAUUUUGUGCGUCUGUUUGGUGGUCGGCCAUUUGCUCGAAGAAAACCGAUGGGUCAACGAGUCCAUCACCGCCAUUUUCAUAGGAUUUCUGGCUGGGACUGUCAUUUUGUUGAUUAGCAAGGGGAGAAAUUCUCACAUACUGAGAUUUAAUGAGGAACUGUUCUUCAUAUAUCUCCUUCCACCAAUAAUAUUCAAUGCCGGAUUCCAAGUCAAGAAGAAACAGUUCUUCCAGAAUUUUCUGACUAUUAUGCUGUUUGGGGUUGUUGGGGUUUUCAUAUCAACCUGCAUCAUCACUACAGGCAGCUGGUUGCUGUUUCCAAGGCUCAGUAUUAGUAAUCUGAGUGUUCGCGACUAUCUUGCUAUUGGUGUCAUAUUUUCGUCAACCGAUACUGUUUGCACGUUGCAGGUAUUGCAUCAAGAGGAGACCCCCCUGCUAUAUAGCCUGGUUUUUGGGGAGGGAGUGGUCAACGAUGCUACAUCAGUUGUCCUCUUCAACGCAGUUCAAAAGAUCGAUGGAAGUACACUUGAUGGCUGGGCUUUCGCCAGAGUCCUCGUUGACUUUUUGUACCUUUUCUUCACAAGCACUGCACUUGGUGUUGGUGUUGGGCUGUUAACAUCAUACAUUCUAAAAGUUUUCUACUUUGGGAGGCAUUCCACUGUUCGCGAAAUAGCUCUCAUGGUUUUAAUGGCAUACCUAUCCUACAUGUUGGCUGAGCUCUUCAGCCUUAGUGGGAUUUUGACUGUCUUCUUUUGUGGAGUUCUCAUGUCUCACUAUACAUGGCACAAUGUGACUGAAGGUUCGAGAAUUACUACCAGGCACGUAUUUGCGACUCUAUCUUUCAUUGCGGAAACAUUCAUAUUUUUGUAUGUGGGAAUGGAUGCUAUGGACAUCGAAAAGUGGAAAAUCAGCAAGUUGAGGUUAGUCACUCCCCUAGGUGGCUAAAACCCAGCCCCUCCUCACCUAGAGAUCCGUACAGAUGAUAAUUGUUUCUAUUAUUUGAAUUCUUACUGGAGUCUAAUUUUAACUAGACCUCAUUUAUAUUGGGCCCUUCUUUCAGCUCUAGUUCAACCUCUUUUUCUGUUUCAAUUUCUAGGGUGUGCGAAAUCCCAAGUUUUCUCAAUUCAAGUGUUUUAACCCAACCACACACUAGAAAUCCCAAAUUUUCUCAAUUUCAAUAUUUUUUAUAUUAAAAUUUUUGCCUAUUCGGUCUAGGCCGUCUAAUUUUUUUUGUGUGUUCAGCCACUGAAAAGAAUGUGAAGAAAUUGUAUGCUAUCCAAAUAUUUCAUUAUCUAGCACACACCCUCACAUCCAUAUUGACAAUAUUUAUAUAUCAUAUGUAUAAAUUUAGAAACCUGGAUUAGAGGUUCAAUGCUUUCCCGCUCUAAAGCUAUCCACCUCUAAAAAGGAAUCAAUUCAUUUACUAUCCGUUCCUCUGAACUUAUUAACCAGCCGUUCCUUGUUUAAGGAUGGAAAUUCCUACAAACAAUUGGUUACUAUGCCAGAAACAUUGCCCAUAAAGUGUGAAUUUAAGUCAGCAUAAAAGCAGUGCAUCUUA